UGCUCAGGCAAAGGGCAGGCUUGAAUGGAAUCUUUUUCCUGGGAAGACUGUACACUUAAGGAUUACCCACUCUUUGGAAAUAACUGAUCUGAAUGUUCACUCAAACCACAAUGGAGGCAACGUGUGGUACAACAAAAAUCCUGGAGAAGGGUCCUGAAUACCUCCGAAAGCAAAUAGAACGGGAGAGCGAGACAAAAGGAGGCAUGAGUGCUGUGGAGAGGCUCGCUGCAAGCAAACUGAAAUAUGUCAAAAGCCAGCUGGUGGUCAACUCAACUCAGGAGCCAGUGAUCAGUAUUGGAUCAGUCUCUGUGAGUAGCACUGGGUCUUCCAACCGGAGCUCGAACCGUAGUGGGAAUCUUGUCAUAGGGAGUAACUCAAGAGGGGCUACAUGUGGUGCACAAAACACCAUCUCACCCGGGCAGGUACGUCGGUCCAGCUCCAAAAAACGACCGGACUCUCUUCUGCUUCACAGGCAGAAAUGUGAGUUACUGAGAAUGUCAGCAAAUGACCGCAAACACCAUAUAGCACGCAAGCUGCUGCUCGGCUCCGUGCAUAAAAGUGUACCGUUACCUGAGGCCACAGACGUGAAGUGUGGAGCUAAUCGCAACAGGGAAAUCACCACACCUGAGGGAAUAGCAAAGGAAUGUGGCUCACAUGUAGUGACUUCUCAGUCAGAGAGGAGGAGGAAUGGAGCAGCAGAGAAACACAGCAAGGAAAACAGGGAUUCUCGGACAAAGGUGACCGCGGGUGUUGCAAGGAAAUUUGCUGGUCUCUUAACAGUUCCUGAGUUUGAAACCAGGUCUGGCAAAGGGGUCAGUCGGUCGCACUCUGACAUCAGCUCCAGGUACUCCAAAAACUUUGCAGACUUUGAUGCUUUUUUCAAGUAUUGUGGGCUUGGCGGUGAGAUUAUUGAGUCUUUGGGGAAGGAGAACUUCUCGGCUUGCUCGGAUGAAAUUGCGAUCAACAUCCGGAGUGUCAGCGUUUCUACAUCAGACGACGGCUUCUCCAGGAACAGUGGAGACAGCGAAGGGCUACUGGAGGAGGAGUUACAUGAAAACAUACGUCAGGGGACGUCAGUCAUUGAGCGCAAUGCAAGGAUUAUCAAAUGGCUGUACAGCUGCAAAAAUGCUAUAGAGACUGGAAAAAAGUUAAGAGACCUCGAUUGAGAUGCCAACCUAAGACCUCGACUGUUGUGUAGGUGAUAUUAACUCCUUGCAUUUGCCAGUGGAAAAAGUGACUUCUGGUGUCUGAUUGUGUGUCUCUGUGAUGCUAUCAUUGUUUCCUUCGGUUGCUGUUCAUAAUGUG